AUGAUUUUUCAGAUAUCCUUGUUCAUCACCUUCAUAACCUUUGCACUUGGAGGCGACGACCUGGGAAGCACUAGGCCUAUCGUCAGGAAGUUUCAAGAGACCUUAGACUUAUGGACUGGGCUUAAAGAUAGCUGGACGUUGCCAGGAUUUCAUAACCCUUUCACCAACACACCGCCGACCAACGGCUGGAUCAGCUACCUGGAACAGCAAGGAAGAGAGGCAAUUACACGAUCAUACAACCGAUUCCCAUUAAGCGAGAAGUCAAUCGAAAGCGAAGCCGAUAUAGAGAGACUCAGAAAGUUCGUAGAUGAUCCGUUGGUCGAUCGAAUGUUCACGGUCCGACAUCCUACAGCACGAAGGGUAGCGGGCUUUCUGAUCAAAGAUUAUGCCAACCAGCUCGAGAAAGAUCCCCGCAAUGUUGCUGUCUACAACGCUCUGAAGCUUUACCAUGUGCAGAAGAGUCGUGCACUUGAAUACUUGCCGAGUUCCACCAAGCCUAAGACGCACAUUAAAACAGGAGACGCUGUUUCGGAAUCUUAG